UAGAGUGAGGACAUGGAAAAGAAAAAUUCAACAUUGCUGACAGAGUUUAUUCUCACAGGACUUAUAUAUCAACCAGAAUGGCAAAUCCCCUUGUUUCUGGUGUUCUUGGUAAUAUACCUCAUCACCAUGGUGGGAAACCUCGGUCUAAUUGCUCUCAUCUGCAAUGACUCUCACCUUCAUACUCCCAUGUAUUUACUCCUUGGAAGUUUGGCCUUUGUGGAUGCUUGGAUAUCAUCUACAGUCACCCCCAAGAUGCUGGUUAUCAUCCUAACCAAGAGUAAGACGAUAUCACUCUCUGAAUGCAUGAUUCAAUUUUUUUUCUUUGCAUUCGGUGCAACCACAGAAUGUUUUCUGCUGACAACAAUGGCAUAUGAUCGCUAUGUGGCCAUAUGCAAACCAUUACUUUAUCCAGUGGUUAUGACUAAUAGACUAUGUACCCGGCUAGUAGUUUUAUCAUUUGCAGGUGGUGGUCUUCAUGCUUUUAUUCAUAUAGGUGUUUUAUUCAGAUUAUCCUUCUGUAAUUCUAAUAUAAUACAUCUCUUUUACUGUGACAUCAUGCCAUUGUUUAAGAUUUCCUGUAUUGACCCUUUCAUUAAUGUUCUGGUGGUUUUUAUUUUCUCUGGGUCAAUACAGGUAUUCACCAUACUGACUAUUCUUGUCUCUUACACACUUGUUCUCUCUACAGUCUUAAAAAAGAAGUCUUUACAAGGCAUACGGAAAGCCUUCUCCACCUGUGGAGCCCAUCUCCUCUCUGUGUCUUUAUACUUUGGCUCUCUUCUCUUCAUGUAUGUGCGCCCUGGAUCUGCACAGGCAGAUGGCAAAAACAUAAUGGACUCUCUGUUUUACACUGUCAUCAUCCCUUUGUUAAAUCCAAUUAUCUACAGCCUGAGAAAUCAGAAAGUCUUAGAUUCAUUGGCAAAAAUGUUAAAGAGAAAUGUUUAAAUCCCAGAGUAAUGUAUAUUUUCACUUUUAUUGAAAUAGUCAAAAUGUUGUGCAGAUUUAAUGUAGCUCAGUUUCAGUUAGUGUUCCAUUUUUUUUUUUUUUUGCAGUUACAAUUGUCCUAUUAUUAUAAAGACUUAAGGUGGGAGUACCAAAUAAAUACCUUAACAUAUGUGCAUAUUUUAUUCAAAACCAGAAAAUUUUAAAUCAAGUAUUUAUAUUAUACUAAAACA